AUGACAGAGAUCCUGUACGACGUCAACUCCAAGAGGUUGAAAUGCACGGACGAAGCCGAUGAAAACUUACAAACCAACGUCGAUCAGGUUAAUUCGUUGACUGCAGCUUUGAUCCCAGAGACGAACCCAAAUUUCACCCCACAACCACACGAAGACAUAAGCAAACUGGUCAAGAACCUCUUUGAUAGCGGUCUCAAGAAUGCUAAACAGAACAAAUUCCCUGAAGCUCUGAAAAAUGUGUCGCUGGCGAUUGAAAUGGCCCAGAGAAAGAGGGCUCCCUGGGAAGCGUUUGCUGUUCAAUUGCAAGAAUUGCAAUUCAUGCUACGUCACAAGAUAGAUCUGUUGCUGGUGCUCGGCAAGUACCUCGAUGCACUACAGGAUCUCGAUAUGCUGCUGAACACUGGUCUUGUUCAACCGGAAGUUUUCAUAAGAAAGACAGACGCUCUGCUAAAGCUGGGCAGGUUGGACCAAGCACGUAUUGAAUGUGAAAGAGGCCUAAGUUUACAGCCACAGAACACAAAACUGAAGGCGCUCAAUCUCGAGUGUGCAAGACGAUUGGCAGACUUCAAUGGCGAUCUGUGA